GAUAACAUUCACAGCUGAUCGGCACGAUAACGAUUUGUUAGCAUUGGAUACACGUUCUUGGAUGGAGGUCUGUCGAAUAUGUGCUGAACCCACAGCAAGGGAUUCAAAAAUAAGCAUUUUCGAUGGAACGGAUCCGAUAGCAAACAUGAUCCAUCAGCUAAGUGGAUUGGAGAUAUUGGAUGAAUAUGGACUACCGGAUGUCGCCUGCUGCACAUGUGUAGAUCGCUUGGAAUCUGCAUUAGAACUGAAACAGCAAUGUUUGAAGUCAGAUGAAAGAUUCAGACAACUUAUUCAACAGGAAAGUAUACUUGCAUCCGUGUAUGAAAAGAAUACUGAACCAGAUGUCCCAAUAAUAAGCUACAAAAUUCUAUAUGAUCAAGUGAUUGAACAUGUGCCACCAGACAUUGAAACCGACUAUGUUGUAGAAGUAGAAGCCUCUUCUUUAGAGCAAGUUUCCAAAUCAGAACAGGGAAAAGUAUCAGUCGAAUACAUUAAUCCACAGAUCGAAACAGUUUAUGCAAACGUCGAAGAGCCUUUAACAAUCGGAAAUGACUGUUCAUCCUCCAUUCCACCAGAGACCGAAACGGAUUACAUAGUCGAGGUAGAGGUUGAUAGGGUUGAUGAAUCUAAAAAUUCGAGGCAAAGACAGAAGUCAACUACUAGCAUAAAACAAGAAAUUGCUAGACCGUAUACAAAGUUUUACAAAUCAAAGAAAAAAUUUUCAUCUACAUCGACAACUCCUGAAAUUGCAAUCACUGUCAAGGUUGAGCCUGAUUGUAUGACAACGAAGAAUACUUUAGGACCACACGAAAAAGCGAAAUCCAAGGAUAGUCGCUCCAAAUUAGAGGAAAGGUCGAAAUCAUCGAAACGAAAACCAUCGGACAAUAAGGCAGCAUCACCAGCAAAGGAUGACAAAGAGAUUGAUCUGCCCUUCCGCUGUUGUGGUUGUGAGUGUUCUUUCGGCUCCAAACCGGAAUUACUGCAACACUCGAAAGAAUCUCACGCAUCUCAGAAAACGUCGAACCGUGAGCGACCGUUCGAAUGUGCCAUCUGCUAUAGGCGCUAUACCAGCGCUAGAGGCUUCAAAAUUCAUCGCAGGAAUGCGUACCAACUGAAACAGCACCAAUGCUCUUCGUGUGGUAAAAGAUUUCUACACCGCGCGCUUCUGGAGAACCACGAGAGGACUCAUACCUCACUGAAGCCCUUCCAGUGUCCAAGUUGUCCGAAAACGUUCAGAUCCAAAUCGAAUCUAUUGUCCCAUCAAAAACUGCACUCCGAAAUCCCAGAGCACACGAAACACGUGUGCAAACUGUGCAACAAAGGCUUCAGCCGGAAGAGCUAUCUCAAGCAUCACAACACUCUACUUCACAGCCAGGAAACACCAUACCAGUGCACGUUCUGUCCUAACCAGUUCAAAGCGAAGGCCAACCUGCGGCUGCAUCUGAGGACGCACACCCAGGAGCGACCGUAUUCUUGCGAGCUGUGCGACAAAAGCUUCAUGUAUCCUACCGAUCGGAAAAGGCACAUGUUACAGCAUACUGGCCAAAAGCCGUUCAAAUGCAAGGAAUGCGACAAAGGGUUCACCCGAAAGACGCUGCUGCGCAAACACCAGACUGUGCACCAAAGCGGGGCUGCUACCGGGGAAGACGAUGACUAAAAUUUCCUAUUAAAAACUUCAUUUUUACACCAAACUUCAGCAUUACUAUAUGAAAAUUCUUCAAUGAAAUACAAAGGCAUGUGUGUACAAUAGACAUAACAAUAUUUUUAAUGCGUAACUGUA